AAAAAAAAAUAGAAGAGUUAAUUAACAACUCAUUUCGAUUAUCAAAAGAAAAAAAAAUCCAUUCGAAAACUGAAAACAACAAAGGCAAAGCACCAGAAACAAAGAAUUUACUUUCUUGUUUGGAAGUGACGAAAAGAGUUGUAGGGUGGCGACUAGAAGCAACCCAGAAGAGGAGGAGGCGCGUGGAAGCCGUCUCCGGGUGUUCCUUUCAUCUUUGUUGGCCACAAUUGGUGGAGCUUUAGGCCAGGUUGUAGAACAAGAAAUAGAAGAAGAAGAACCGGAGAUGGCGUCUAGAGCUAUUGUUCCUCAGCAUGAAAACAAUGGAGAAGUGAAGCAGAAAAAUGCAAUAGCAGAUGGAAGGAACCGAAGAGUUCUUCAAGACAUUGGCAAUUUUGUCAAUGAACGAGCAGCAGCACAAGGAAAGAAACCAAUCACCGAAGGAGCUGUUGUGGUUGCACAAGCUGUGAAAGGAGCCCAAAGGAAGCAGGUUGACAAACCAAAACCAGAGAACGUGAUUGUGAUAAGCUCUGAUGAAAAAUCUGAGAAAAGUAAACAUGUUACCAAAAGACAAGGAUCUUCAAGGAAGGAUGUCAAAACCCUCACUUCAAUCCUCUCUGCUCGAAGCAAGGCUGCUUGUGGACUUGUCAAUAAGCUAAAUGAUUCAAUUGAGAACAUUGAUGGAGCUGAUGCUGGUAAUGAGUUGGCUGUUACUGAAUAUGUUGAUGAUAUCUACAAGUUCUACAAACUCACAGAAGAUGAGGGUCGAGUACGCAAUUAUAUGGAUUUGCAGCCGGAUAUCAAUGCCAAGAUGAGAUCAAUCCUUGUUGACUGGUUGAUCGAAGUCCAUCGCAAAUUCGAGCUCAUGCCAGAAACACUCUAUCUCACCAUGAAUAUUGUUGAUCGAUUUCUUUGGAUGAAGGUUGUAAGAAGAAAGGAACUGCAAUUGGUAGGCAUUAGUGCAAUGCUCAUAGCAUGCAAAUAUGAAGAGAUUUGGGCACCAGAGGUCAAUGACUUUGUUUUCAUAUCAGACAAUGCUUAUGCCAGAGAGCAUGUCUUGGUUAUGGAGAAAACAAUCUUGGAUAAGUUAGAAUGGUACCUAACGGUUCCUACACCGUAUGUCUUCCUCGUCCGGUUUAUCAAAGCAUCUGUUCCAUCUGAUGAUAAGAUGGAGGAUUUGGUGUUUUACCUUGCUGAGCUUGGCCUUAUGCAAUAUCCGUCAGCAGUUUCAUACUGUCCGUCCAUGUUAGCUGCUGCAGCUGUGUAUGCUGCAAGAUGCACCCUUGGGGAGAGCCCUCUGUGGAGUGAAACUCUGAAGCACCACACGGGAUACUCGGUAGAGCAGCUAAUUGAGUGUGCUAAACUCUUGGUUAAAUUCCACUCAACAGCUGCAGGAAGUAAGCUCAAAGCAUUGUAUAGGAAAUUCUCAAGUCCAGAUCGCAAUGCCGUGGCCCUUCUUGCACCUGCAAAAUGCCUUUUGCCGAUAGCAAUUCAUGAUGGAGAGUGUUAAGCUGAUGAUUCUAGACAAAUUAUAUAACUAAUGCUUUUGUUAGGGUUCCUUGAUUAUUCGCUUGCAUAUAUAAGGGGGUUGAUCAUGUUUCUAUUAUGAUCUUUGAAGUAGGAUUUGACUAUUACUAGGCAUUUGAUAUAUUUGGCAAUGUGGUGUUUUGGUCACUGUCUCAUUUUUAUUUCUCAUAUACAUUGGUGUUUUGUACCAAUUGACAUGAAUUUUCUAUGGAAAGUGUUGUUUGAAAAA